CGCCCCGAGCCGGGCCGCCCGUCUUCGCCCCUCCCCCCCGCCUCCAAACCCUCCGCUCGGGCUGCGCCACCGGCUGGAGGGUUCGCGGGGAGAGGCUUCGUCAGGGCAUUGACUGGUCAGUGAGGCGUGGCAGGAAUGUUCCAUCCACUUCAAUGGAGGUCGCCCUCCAGCUUUUAUUCCCUUUAUGCGAACUCAUCCCGCUUCAUCACCUAUGAAGGGAAACCACGGAAUGGGUGGUGGAACGAGGACUUCCUGAAGGGCAAGUACCAGUGGCUGCUUACGUGGCUUCGGAAAGGCUCUGAGCAAGACCUGGGGCAGAAGAGCCUACUAUCCCUGCUGGCCAAUCAGUGCAGCUAUGUGACUAGCCAGAGAAUCAGGCGUGCUCAGCAAAUCGCUCAGCUGUACAGUAACAUUUACUCCGAGAGGGCGCGCAAGAAUCUCUUCUCUUCCUUGUGGCGCCGAUUCCAGGGUCAUCAUGCCAACGCCUGCAAGCUGAUGGCAGCCCUCACCGGAGUGUUCCUGUGGGAAGAGGAGAGGAUCAAGGAAGAAGAGCUGAAGAGACUGCCUGUAAUGGAGCCUAGAAUUGCCAUUGUAGGUCACGAUGGUCGUAAGUUGGGAGGUGCCCAUAUAACCAACCAGUCUGCUUUUAUGACCUCUUUUGCAGCAGUCAUUAAGCAACUGGAUACGGAAUACCGGAAGAAGUGGGACUCCCUAGUGAUCAAACUGGAAGUGAUUGAGAGAGACCGAGACACGGGCUCAGAGGUGGUGCACUGGGUAACUCACUUUCCGUACCCAAUGUAUUCACGGGAUUACGUUUAUGUCCGACGGUAUGAUGUGGACCAAGAGAACAAUCUGAUGGUGCUGGUGUCACGAGCGGUAGAACACCCAGGCGUUCCUGAAGAUCCUGAAUUCGUCCGGGUCAGAACCUACGAGUCACAAAUGGUUAUCCAUCCUCACAAAUCAUUUGAUGAG